GUAUGCAGGUCAUGUAACGAGAGCAGCAUUUGAAGACAAAAAGACCGGUUACACAUAUGAACAUGGAAAAUCUAACUGCAAAGUUUUCUCAUCAAACUCGUUUGACGAACAGUCGUGGCUUUUACCUUCGUGUCACAGAGGACAAUGUGGAAGGAGUCGAAGAUGAAAACGAUAAGUAUAGUGAGUACGUAACGAAAUUUUGUACAGUGCAGUCUUCAUCAGGCUUCGGUACCUGUCGUCAUCUCAUCAAAAUUGACUACAUUUUGAGACAAACGGUCAUAUCGAAAUACCUUACUGCUACUAAAUCCCAGCCAAAGCGAGGGCCAAAGGCCCUCGACCAGGCGAGGCUUUGUUAAAAAAUCUGAUCGCACGAAGAUCGUAAGUGGAUAGCUUAGGGCAGUGAAUUAUCGGUUGGCGAUAUGUCAGUUUAAUGGGUUGGGGGACUCAGCUGACGACCGAAACAGACGGGCCGCACAGCAAAACUGCAGCAAACUAGGUUGUUUUUGCAACGCAUACCCAAUCGAUAACAGUAGGAAAAACAAAUCAGUUCGUGCCUCUGCGUCUCGAAACUGAUAUAAGAACAAUGUUGGCAGGCACGGUUUUGCACGAGAAAGUUGCUUGUAAUUCCUGAAUUUAUAAAUAUAGAUUACUUCCCUAAGAAAGUGGAUCUUCUUGAGAAACUGAAAUUUAUUCUUGAUCAGUUGAAAAUAUCUAGGAAAUAUUUACUGUAGACCGUGGAAUGCUUAUGCUUUUCUGAUUUUUUAUGUACAUAUUUAUUUAUUCAUUCAUUUUUCUGGAUGUGAUUUACAUCCUUGAUCAUGAGUCCUCCCUCAGUUUGUGACAUGUUUACUUUAUAUGUUUCUAACAUGCAGUGAUUGCCGUGGGUCAGGAGCCUAUUAGACUCUUGCAGGGGUGUGAUAAUUAAAGCUACUACAUACAAGGACCAUUGACAAAGUAGCACUACAUAGAGCGCCUUAUCACUAACUUUUAAUGUUUCUGUUGUUGUUGUUGUUGUUUUUUCUUCUUAUUAUGUUGCUUCAACGGAAAACUAUUAUUAUUAUUUUUAUUAUUAUCGAGAACGCACACGUUUUAUCGAAAUCGAUUGCCCGGUUCUUCGAAAGGUGGUUACAUUUAACCCAGGAUUAAGCCAAAUUUUAAGCACGGUUUUCUUGUUUGAAAAUUAACAUGCAACUCCAGUUACAAAAUGCUGUUGGGCCUUCACUCCGAAGAACGGCAAUGAUAACACAAUAUGUUAAUCUAAGCAGUACAUAGGAAGGUAAAAUACAAAAACGGAACAAAAUUUUUAUCCUAGAUUGACGCUAAUCGGCUUUUUGGGAACCUGUUUUUGUACAUAAAAUAAGAAUUCGCUCUAGUGUGACCAGGGGCCCGUUUCUCGAAAGUCCCGAUAAUUAACGGGCCCGGUAAGCUGUCUCCGUUUAUAUUAAACAUCGAGGUUUCAAUAGGUUUGCAUCUAACAUGAUAAAACUGUCAGUUAAUGAAACUAAAUGGAGUAGUUUGCUAGCCAGGACCCUCUCUCUUAUUCUUUAUAUUUCGAUUUGAAUAUUUGAUUUCGGGCCCGUAAAGUUACCGGGACUUUCGAGAAACGGGCCCCAGGGCCUUACUUGCCAAUUUUUUAAAUUUUCCGUUAUGAAUUACAGCCACCUUGGAAAUCAUAUCAGUUGCAGAUGGAGGAACCGCAAUCCGAGGGGAGGCGUCUAAUCGCUACAUUGGAAUGGCUGAUGAUGGCAAACUCGCUACUCGUGUAAGUAUCAAAUGCAGUCGAAUCUCCAUAUGCUUCGGCCGUCCACUGCUUUUAAGUACACCAAAUUUCCAUCCAGUCAAAGCUCUGAAGAGUAGUUAUAUUAAUCCUUAAUGGUAGGUGACAAGUGAUGGCAUUUAGCUAAAAUGAAGUUAAGAAAUUCUGCAGAUCAGUUCUUUUCUAUAAUUCUUUUUGUUUUUCAUCGCGUUUUUGUUUGUCAAAAUAUGUGAUAAAGCCAAAGUAAAGUUUUAGUACUUUUAUUAGUACUCGGACGAUUAUGUUAAUAAUCAUAACUAUAACAAAAUUCUCAAAUCUGAUUGGUUCUCAACUGCCCUGAUUUCAGCCUUAAUUGGACAGUUUAAUAGAACAGUACGCGUCAUGCCUAAGUAAUUGGACAGUACGCGCCAUCACGCGCGCGCUUAAAUGGCUUUUUUUUCACUGCUAGCAAAACAAAAUUUCGAAUUUCUUGUGUUUUGGUUUAAAAAAUAGCCUAAUGUAUCACAAAUUUUGUUAAAGUUAUGAUUAAUUGGUAACAGAACUUUGUGUCGUCGAUUCGGUCUGUAAUCAUACUCGUGAUUAAACAAAUCGGACUCCCGCUACGCGGUCGUCGUAAUUGGACAGUAGGGAGCUUAAGCAACAGCGUUUUUGGGCGACGGACGUCAACCGGAAGUGGACUUUUUGCAUCACUGGGGAAUGAUUUACAGAAACCGGUAAAUCGUCUUAAAAGAGAAAAGAAACUCAGCAAUACAAGUUUGUUAGCGUCAAGGCAUAUAAAAAGGGAGUCCUGUUACCAUUACUCAAAAUCAUAACUAUAACAAAAUUCUCAAAAAUCUGAUUGGAAUAUCUUGUGCCCUGAUUUUUCAGCUUUAUAUUAACAAAUUUUGGAGGGGUUAAUAGGACAGUGCGCGUCAUGUCCCUAAAUCAUUUGAUUAAACAAAGAAUCCCGCCAUCAUCGUCCGCGCUAAUCACUCGUAUGAUUUGUAUAAAUGGCUUUUUUUCACUAUUGGCAAAAAGAAGAUCUUGGAAUUUCUUGUGUUUUGAUUUUAAAAACGAGCCUUAUAUAUAUAUAUAACAAAUUUUGCUAGGGUUUUAGUUAAUUGGUGACAGAACUUCGUGUAGUCCAAUUCGGUCUGUAAUCAUACCCGUGAUUAAACAAAUCGGACUCCCGCUACGCAGUCGUCCGAUUUUGUUAAUCACUCGUAUGAUUACACACCGAAUUGGACUCCACUCAGUCCUGUUAGGUAUUCUUGAUAACGUAACUGAUAAAUAUAGUUUUUACUAAAAUAGCGUUAAUAAAUUGGUGUCAAAAACCAGGUUAGAGUUACUCGAAGAAUGCUUUUCGAGAACAAUUUGAGGCUGAAAGUGAAUGAAAACAUGCCUUACUUGCUGUCGUAAAAAAGGAGCUUAAAACAACGUUGUGAUCUUUCAACAGAAGUCUUUAACGGAGGAUUGCAUAUUCAGAGAACAUCGUAGCUUUAAUGGUUACAGCGUUUUUAAAUCCAGUUGUCACUCUGGGUGGUACCUUGCACUGAGUAAAGAUGGCAGAGCGAAGCCUGGACCUAGAACCGCUCCGGAUCAAACAGCUGUACAGUUUUUCGAGGCAAAUUUUGAUGAUCAUGCGUCAUGGCUACUUGGUCAUUCAAAACCUUUGGUUUUCAAGGCACAAACGUUUUUGAAGACUGACUAGUACAAGGAUUUGAGACUCGUUAGAAAUGUAAGAUCAGUCCUUUUAAAGCCAAAUAGACAUGGGGUUUGCCACUCUAAAGUAGGAAAAAACUCGAUGAGGAUGCCAAUUUGAUCACUUGAAAUAAACAGUUUUCUUUUCUACUGCUAGCCUGAAUUUCAUCCGAUUACAUCGAGUCGUUAUAGGAG